GUGCGUUGUCGUAAAUCCAGCGCUCUCUCUAUCUCACGAGCAUGAGCUCUGGUCACAGGUCACAGCCAUGAGUUCCGGUCACAGGUCACAGCCAUGAGCUCCAUUGGCCAUCUCACAUCACUACUGCGUCGCAUGCGGACCCGUCAACUACGUUGGAGGAUAUGGCUCCAAGUCGUCACAUGCGUCGCCUCCAGAAACUUAAAGCACAUCAUGAUGUGUGUGAGAAACACUACGAGAAGACGAACACAAAGGAGAUAAAGGAGCAGAGGGAGAGCACCUUGGUUUUACAUGGUGGUCUGGAUACAACGAGAGUAUACGAGUGCUCCAGUGACAGUGACAGCACCAUUAUCCUUGACCACACUACAGCUAAAAUUGACGUCGACACAAGUGUACCAGAGCUCAGAAGAACUGACAGUGUAGUUAUGAUUGGAUACACAACAGAUGACUCUCUAUCCAUUUCUGAGUUCAGUGGAGACGAGUAUGUUCCUGAAACCUCUGAAGACACAGGAAGCGACACUUCAGCAGAAGAUGACAGGACAGCAGAAGAUGUCAAACAGCACAAGGAUAAGAAGAGAAAGGUACAGAAGACAGCUUUACCUCACUUUCAGGAAGGAGAAGUCCAACCACACAAGAGACAACACAAGGCACCUUCUAGAUCCGUCGCUGCAAAUGUCAUUGUAGAAUCAUCUUCAACUGAUGAUUCUGAUGUGAAGGUCAUGACGCUAAAGACGAACAAAAAUGGCGGCAGACUGUACAAUAAAAGGUUUCACUGUUUGUUUUGCUCUAAGCCUUUCAGCAAAAUGGCACGCCAUUUAGAAGCAAAACACCAAGAUAAACCACAAGUGGCAAGAGCAGUUGCUUUUCCAAAGGGGUCUAAAGAGCGAAGAUUACAGUUGACUUUAUUGAGAAAUAAAGGAAACCGUGCCCAUAAUAAUCAGGUCCUUAAAGAAGGAAAAGGAAUGGUGAUACCCUGUCAACAAUCUAGUAAUCCUGGUAAACCCAGUGAUUACAUGCACUGUAUUAACUGUGAGGCUUACCUCAAAAGGAAACUACUGUGGAAGCACAUGAAGAGAUGCCACCUGACUAAGAAAAUCGAAGGUUUGAAGCCAGGAAAAAACAGAGUCCAAGCCCUUUGUGCAUAUGCUCAACCAGUUCCAGACAAUAUUAAUGCACGGUUCUGGAAAAUGGUGCUAGACAUGCGCGAAGAUGAGAUUACAAACGUUGUUCGCAAAGAGAAAAGCAUACUGAAGUUUGGGGAACACCUCUUCAAUAAGCAUGGACAUGAUGUCACAAAACAUGAAUACAUCAGACAAAAGAUGCGCGAGACAGGGCGACUAGUUCUCCAAGGCAAAAAAGACGGCACGUUAAAGACAAUGACAGAUUUCUUCGUGCCGGCUAAUUUCCCUCUUGUGAUAGAGGCAGUUAAGAAUGUGGCUGGCCUGAAUGAGGAGACAAACACAUAUAAAACACCAUCUUUAGCAUUAAAGUUGGGUCACAACAUCAAAAAAAUAGCCAAGAUUUUAGAAUGUGAAGCAAUGAUUUCUGGUGAUGAGAAUGCCAUUCACAAUGUGCAGGUGUUUAGACAAAUCAGUGACACAAGAUGGAAUGAAUGUGUUUCUUCACAGGCCCUCAGGAACCUCAGUGAGGCAAAAUGGAACGCUCCACAACUACUUCCUUUUGCUGAAGAUGUUAAAAAAAUGCACGAGCAUCUCAACGUACAAAGGAAGGACUGCCAAACAAAACUCCAACAAGAACCAAACAAGAAGCACUGGGCAGAACUUGCGAAAAUGACACUUUGUGAGGUGAUACUUUUUAAUCGUAGAAGAGAAGGAGAAGUAUCAAAGAUGCCCCUUAAUGGUUUCCUGUUAAGAGAUACCUCCACUACUCAUCCAGAUGUUGAGCUUGCUUUGUCAGACUUUGAGAAAAAGCUUUGUAAGCACUUCCAGCGUAUUGAGAUAAAGGGAAAACGCGGACGAAAGGUCCCCAUCCUUCUCACUCCUGAUAUGAUGACGUCCAUGAACUUGCUUGUCAAGACUCGCCAGAACUGUGAUGUGCCUGAUGAGAAUCCCUUCCUGUUUGCGAGACCACAGGCACUCAGUCACUUCAGAGGAUCAGAUGUCAUCCGUCACAUUGCUCAAAGCUGUGGAGCAAGCCACCCAGAAGCAUUGUCCUCUACCAAACUCAGAAAGCACAUGGCUACUAUGUCCAAGGUCCUCAACCUCAAAGACAAUGAAAUGGAUGACCUUGCGGACUUCCUUGGGCAUGACAUCAGAGUACACCGCCAGUAUUACAGGCUGCCUGAAGGCACAUUACAGCUUGCCAAAGUGAGUAAAGUCCUCAUGGCCAUGGAGCAAGGACGACUGGCUGAAUUUAAAGGAAGGAAUCUGGAUGAAAUCAACAUUGAUCCACAAGAGACAAUGGCUGUGGACAGCGAUGCAUCAGUUUCGGAGGAGGAUGACAUGACUGUGAAGGAUGCUGCGUCUUCUACUUCAUCUUCACCUUCAACUUCAUUAUCAGAAAAAUCGGGAGUGAAAAGAAAGUCCACCACUGAAGUUGGACGAAUCCAUGAUCCACGUGAAGUCAAAGUUACAGUAAAACCCACAAGGCAGAAGUGGACGGAGGAAGAGAUCCAGGCUGUGGAAAAAACCCUGAUGGACUGCAUCAGCUCCGGGACAGUCCCUGGGAAAGCCCGGUGUCUCCAGUGCAUUGACACUUCACAAACAGCCCUCAAAAGGAGGAGUUGGGAGGGAGUAAAGUUUUAUGUCAAAAACCGUAUAGAUGCUGCAAAGCGAGAGUCUAUGAAGAAAAGGUAGGCUCUGUUUGUUAAAUGUUUUAUACUGUUGAUCAGCUAACGAGCUGCAUGUUUUAAGGUUUCUACAGGAAGUUAGCUCUCCAGGAGCAGGGUUGGACACCCCUACUGUCUGUGAAUGUGUCUAUAGUUGUUGUUACACUACUGUUUGUAUUUAAAUGAGUUAGUGCAAAUAAACAUUUCUGUUUGUUAAAUGUUUUAUACUGUAGAUCAGCUAACGAGCUGCAUGUUUUAAGGUUUCUACAGGAAGGUAGUUCUUCAGGAAUAGGGUUGGACACCCCUGUCUGUGAAUGUGUCUAUAGUUGUUGUUACACUACUGUUUGUAUUUAAAUGAGUUAGUGCAAAUAAACAUUUCUGUUUGUUAAAUGUUUUAUACUGUAGAUCAGCUAACGAGCUGCAUGUUUUAAGGUUUCUACAGGAAGGUAGUUCUUCAGGAAUAGGGUUGGACACCCCUACUGUCUGUGAAUGUGUCUAUAGUUGUUGUUACACUACUGUUUGUAUUUAAAUGAGUUAGUGCAAAUAAACAUUUCUGUUUGUUAAAUGUUUUAUACCGUAGAUCAGCGAACGAGCUGCAUGUUUUAAGGUUUCUACAGGAAGUUAGCUCUCCAGGAGCAGGGUUGGACACCCCUACUGUCUGUGAAUGUGUCUAUAACAGUUGUUUCACUACUGUUUGUAUUUAAAUGUGUUAUAGUGCAAAUAAACAUUUCUGUUUGUUAAAUGUUUUAUACCGUAGAUCAGCUAACUAGCUGCAUGUUUUAUGGUUUCUACAGGAAGUUAGCUCUCCAGGAGCAGGGUUGGACACCCCUACUGUCUGUGAAUGUGUCUAUAACAUUUUUUACACUACUGUUUGUAUUUAAGUGUACUGUAGUGCAAUAAACUCUUACAGUGAUCA